AUGGCAGACAGUCGAAAGCCAGAAGACGGUGCCCCCCAGUGGGACCCAUCAAGAGGACAGGAGCCCGCUGGCACUCACGGAGCCAAUGGCUACCCUUCCUCAGCGUUCAGGACCUGCCAGGCUGGCGGCGCCCACUUGGCCACAUCCUCCUACUCAGCCAGAGAGAAUGGCUUCAAUGGGGAGCUCACUGGUGCUCCUGCAAUAACUGCCGAGCAAGUGUCGGCAAGGAUUGUGCAAGAAGUGACAGCAGAAGCUGUGGCAGUACUGAAGGGAGAACAGGAGACCCAAAGGCUGCCAUCGGUUGAAGACACCACCAAUUUGCCUCCCUCUCCUCCCCCCUCACCUGCUGCAGAACCCUUUGGCCCUCUGGAACAAGAUGUAGGGGAUGAGGAGGAGGCGGGCCCUCUCCGCUGCUUCCAAAAUUCUCGGGAGAGGUGCAAGUUCCUCGCCCCCUCCAUCUCAGUUUCCGUGCCCGAGGACGACCCCUACCACUCCGACGAGGAGUACUAUGAUCACCCAUUGUUCAGCCCAGAGUGGACGCACUCGGGCGCUCGCCCCACAGGGCAGGCUGUGGCCUUUAGACAGAUUGAAGAAGAGACCAUGGAGGCUCUUACAGCUGAAUACGAGGAGGAGGUUGAAGAGGAGGAGGAUGAGGAGGAGGAGGAGGAGGAGAGUGCAGAGGCAGCAGAGUCCGAAGCAGCUCUUGAUGAGCAGCAAUGGAGUGGGGACGAGCCCGAGCUGGACAGCCCCCAAGCUGAGCCCUUAGAGAAGGCAGAGGCCAUAGACGAGGCUCAGGACGUAGACCUGGAGCCAUCCGAAGCAAUUAGUGCUCCUGCAGAAAGCUCUAUGGACAGAGAGGAGGAGGAAGCAGAGGGUGAGGAGAGCCUUGAGACAGCUUUGAAGAUGGACUCAGACAAGCAGGGCAGUGGGUCCAUGAGCCCAGACAGCAUUGGAUCAGAGAAACGCCCGGAGGAGUUUUUUGAGCCCCAGGUUCAAAAAGGAUUUUUUGCUGGGGAACGAGUUGUACCAGAGAGCCCCACAAUGGAUAUGCCGUCCUUUGUACCUCAAACCCAAGCCAAAGAAUCUGCCAAACCACUCACACUUCAGCCUACAUAUGGUGAGCCAAUCACAGUGUCGGAGAAGCAGCCGUCAGUGGAGGUGGUGGAGUUCAGCAGCAUUGCUGCGUCUUCUGAUUUCUGUUCAAUGGGAAUCAAAGUUCAAGGGGAAGACUCAACAAGAGAUGCAAGAGACAGAUCUGGAAUGUCAGCAUAUUUUGAAACAUCAGCCACAGAGGCUGACAAGGCUCCACAAAGUAAGGGUGAAGGUUAUUACGAACUGAGCAGAGCUGGCGAAGACAAGAGUCCAAUUGAUUCCAGGUCUCAGGAGAUAAGUUACAGCACCCUGGCUGGAGCCCAGGAUCAAUCUGAAAGUAAAAAAAGUACGACAGAUAAUACUGGAGUGUUUGCAGUUCCUGACAGGAAUAAUGAAUGCAGGCUGUCCCCAGGUAAACUGGCCUUGGAGCAGAGGAGUUAUUCACUUAACAUCACCAUUGGAGCAAUGGAUCACAGUGGCCAAGGCCAACCCAAGCACUUCUCCCCACUGGCCACAGAUAUAAUGUCAUUCACUAGUGGAAGUCUAGAUGAAUCAGCAGAGUACCUCCCAGUUACUACACCGUCUGUGGAGAAGCCUCCAUCCUUCCCUCCCCUGAUUCUGGAGACUGCAGCCUCCAUCACUUCAGAUUCCUCAUCUCCUCCAAGGACCUGUGAACUAGAUUCAAAACCUAGCCCUGAACCAGUGUUGCCUGAAUCACCCCAGCUCCACAAGAAUACAUAUAAAAAUGGCUCAGUGAUGACACAAGACUUGCCUGAGAUGCUGGACCUUGCUGGUACCCGUUCAAGACUAGCAUCCGAGAACAAUGAGCCAGAAAUAAUCAGAAGAAAGUCAAUUCAAGCUGAUGUCUCUGCCUUUGCUGAUGACCCACUGGCUAGCCUAAUUUCAGGGGAACAAAGUCCUGGUCCGGUAAGAAGUGACAGCCAGCUUGAGGAGAUGGGUUAUUGUGUAUUCAGUGAAUAUUCAGGGCCCAUGCCAUCCCCUGCAGAUAUGUUUAGCCCUACAAACCCCUCUGCACAGGUCUUCACCCCCUCUGUUCUGCAGGAGAAAGUGGCUGAACAGGCAAGGAGGCUUGCAGUCAGAGACUCGUCUUUGGAGGAUAGCAUCCAGCAAUUAGCAGCUGCUGAGGUCACUGAGGAGAAAGAUCAGAAGCAGUUAGAUAGAAAGGUUUCCACCGAAGAAAAAGUCAAGGAGAUUGAGGAUGGUCAGUUGACUAAAUCUGUAAGUGAGCAGAAGAAACUGUCUCCCCUGCACAGUGAGUCUUUUGUGACCCCAACGGUCACAGUGACUCUAGAAGAAGGUGGGAGGUCAGUGAGUGAGACUGAACGACAGGCCAGUGGCGAAGGCUCAGCAUCAGAAACCGAGAUCGCUGACUAUGAGAGGCAGAUCCGCAAAUUGGAGAUGGAGGACAGACCUCUCAGCAUGGAGGAGGAACGGGAACUGCAGGAGCUUCGGGAGAAGGUGAAGCUGGUCCACCAGGAGGCCUAUGAGGAAGUGGAUGCCGAAGAUGUGUACCAGUUGACCGGCGUGGCCAAGGACCGAAUUGCCAGACCUGUCAAAACUUCACCUGCGUCAUCUGUGGAGAGUAACAUCGAAGAUGAUAAGCUGCUCUCCCCUGUGCUCUCACCCUCCAAGCUCAAACAACGAGAGGUUUAUGGCUCCCCUAAAAGAUCAGUGUCACCAGUAGCAAAAGACGAGAAGGCUAAUGAAGAAUUACAGAGAAAAGUAAAAGAAGACCACGAGAGGGAAGAAGCUGAAAAGAAAAUGAAAGAAGAGGCAGAGAAGAAAGCGAGAGAAGAGACAGAAAGGAGAGAGAAAGAAGAGAGGGAGAAAGAAGAGGCAGAGAAGAAAGCGAGAGAAGAGAGGGAAAGGAGAGAGAAAGAAGAGCGGGAGAAAAAAGAGGCAGAGCAGAUAUUGAGGGAAGAAAAAGAAAGGAAGGAGAAAGAACAAAAAGAGCUGGAGGCAAAAGAGAAAUUAGAGAAAGAGAAGAAAGAGAAAGAGGAGAGAGAGAGGAAAGAGAAGGAAGACAUGGAGAUCCAGGAACGACUAGAGAGAGAAAAAAUGGAGCGAGAGGAGAAAGAAAGGAAAGAUCUAGAAGAAAAAGAAAGAAUUGAGAAAGAAGUGAGGGAAAACGAAGCGAAAGAAAAAAAAGAGAGGGAGCUAAAAGAGAAGGAAGAGAAAGAGAAGAUUGAAAGGGAACUGAAAUUGAAGGAAGAGAGGGAGAAAGCAGAAGAGAUGGCCAAAAAGUGUGUUGACAAACCUGGGGAGAUAGCAACACAACCAGGUGCUAAAGCAGAAGUGGAGGAACAGGGAGGAGAGGAGGACAUGUUGGAGAAACCAGGGACAGCAGCUGGAGCAGAAGUCACGAAGGAGAUCUCUGAGACUCGUGCUGCCAUUGAAUCAGUGGUGACAGUUGAAGACGAUUUCAUCACUGUAGUCCAGACCAUUGAUGAAGCAGAGGAGGCGGGACAUAGCGUUCGUUUCUCGGCUCCACCUGAGGCCGAAACCUGUGUCGCUGCCCAGAAAGAUCAAGAGGAGGAGGAGGAGGAGGAGGAAGAGGAGGAAUCUAUGGAGUUGGCCCAGGAAGCUGAAAUGGAGGCUGCCAGUCUAGAGGAGGUGGCUGACGUUCCUGAGACCUCUGCCUCCCUCGAAAAGGAGGCAGAAACCAUAGAGACAGAAGGACAGACAGAAAGCUAUGACAGAGAUGAGACCACAAUGGAUGACUCCAUCCUGGACAGCUCCUGGGUUGACACUCAAGAUGAUGAUAAGAGCAUGGCAACAGAGCAGAUUGAGUCUUUGUCCAAGGGGCCCAGCCCAGUUAAGAAGCCUGGUGUGGUCCCAAGCAAACCAUCACAACAGAAGAAACAAGAGAAACAGGAGAAGCCAUUCAAACCGAAGGCCAAAGGAGGGCGCCCUAGAGGUAGAAUCUCCACACCAGAGCGCAAACCUGUCCGCAAGGAACCUGUCUGCAUCCCCAGAGAGGAGGUCAAGAAGAAAAAAGCUGUGAUAAGGAAGACUGAGCUGACCAAAAAAAUGGAUACUCACAUUCAAUCCCCGUCCAAGAGGACUUUGAUGAAACCAGCAGGACGCGAGACCCGCCCCACCCACCACUCCUGCCCCAGAAGGAGACACACAGAAGCCCGACCAGAUGGCCGUCAGCCUCUCAGUGUUGCAAGACAGUCUCAUGACAGAGCAUCAGAUGGUGGAUCACGAAGCCCGGACAAGAAGUCUCUGCCGCGGCACACCUCCAUUCUGAGUCGCCGUGGGUACCAUGACCAGGAGGAGAGUUCCACCUCCAUCACCAGCUCCGGCUCAACAGCUCCCCGCAGACCCACAUCGUUUCGCACUGAGAUGAGGGCAGAGCACAGGACAGGACGAGCCCCCAGUAUGACAGUUGCAGAAUCAAUGCGCUCGCGUUCAGCUCGCAGUGGCCACUCCACUCCCCGCACUCCGGGGUCCACAGCCAUCACCCCAGGGACCCCUCCCAGCUACUCGUCAUCAUCGAGGACCCCCGGAACCCCUCGCUCCCUCAGCUUGAUUUCCCAGGAGAGGAAGGCGGCAGUAGUCCGCACCCCACCCAAGUCACCCGCAACCACACCCAAGCAGCUUCGCAUCAUCAACCAGCCGCUGCCUGACUUCAAGAACAUCAAGUCCAAGAUUGGCUCCACAGAGAAUAUCAAGUACCAGCCCAAAGGAGGACAGAAUCAUAUUUUAAACAGGAAGGUGGACUUCAGUCACGCACUGUCAAAAUGCAGCUCCAAGGAGAAUCUGAAGCACUCUCCUCGUGGAGGCAAUGUUCUCAUCCCCAGUGUUAAGCUGGACUAUAGCCAUGUUCAGUCUAGGUGUGGGUCCUUGGACAGGCGGGGCUACUCAGCAGGAGGUGGAAAUGUGCAGAUACAGUACAAGAAGAUUGACUUGAGCCAUGUGACCUCCAAGUGUGGCUCUCUUGACAACAUCCAUCAUCGACCUGGGGGCGGUCACGUGCGUAUAGAGACUGUGAAGUUGGACUUUAAAGACAAGGCCCAAGCCAAAGUGGGUUCCCUGGAUUAUUCUCGCCACAUGCCUGGUGGAGGCCACAUCCCGAUCGAGACCCACAGGCUGGCGUUCCGCGACCAGGCCAAGGCCCGGGGGGACCAAGGAGCCGAGAUCAGUGUCCAGUCGCCAGUCGUGUCCGGCACGGUGUCCCCCAGCCGCAACCGGGACAGCCACCUGUCCUCCUCCGGCAGCCUCAACAUGACUGAGUCGCCACAGUUAGCGACCCUGGCUGAGGACGUCACCGCAGCUCUGGCGAAGCAGGGUUUGUGAACUCUGGACCUCGGAAGUCCUCGCCAUGAUCCACUGAAACUUUUCUGCCCACUCCUGCCACCCUGAGGCCAACCUCAGCUAAACCAUGAACAUCUCCGCCUCCAAUACC